UACUGACAAAUGUUUUACUUCAAAACAAACUGAGCCAGUCUCACACCACUAGACACUAGUACUCCUACUAUAAAGUAAAGUUAGUAUGCAAUCAUGCAUAGAAGCUGCAUAGAAGCCAAGGAUCAAGAAGGCUCAAAGAGUGUUAUUGUGAUCUCGUACCUUAAAGAUAAUAUGACGAGUCAAUAGUCGUAAUCUAUGUAGUUGAAAAAAUAAAUGUAUGCAGCAGCCAACUGCCUAUCUUCACCUAAGAUUUCGCCAAGACAUUUCUAACACUUCCCAAACAAAAAUGCUCCUCUUUAGUUUUUGCUGGCUAAUUUUUUGCCUGGUUUGCUCAAAUGAUCAACUAUUGAUUUCCACUGCCUUAGAUACCAUAACAAGCAACGCCAUCCUCAAAGAUCCUGAAUCUCUAAUCUCCAAAAAUGGUGUCUUCAAAUUAGGAUUCUUCAGCCCUACAAAUUCAACAAAUCGCUAUGUUGGGAUUUGGUACAACAAGGUUUCAGCUAUAAACGUGAUUUGGUUAGCCAAUCGAAACGCGCCGAUUCGCAAUAAUAAUGGCACAUUGUGCAUAUCGGAGGAUGGAAAUCUUGUUAUCUUGAGUGACCAAAAAAGCAUAAUUUGGUCAUCAAAUCUGUCUUCUCAAAAUUUUGCAUCUAUCAAUAUCUCAAGUGUACAUGCACAACUUCUAGAUUCUGGAAAUUUGAUAUUGCUUAGUAAUAUGGGUGGCACACAUAUGUGGCAGAGUUUUGAUCAUCCUACCGACACUGUCUUGCCUGAUAUGAAAGUUACAGUGACUAAUUAUACACUCAGGCAACCAGUUUUGCGAUCUUGGACAAACUUCUCUGAUCCAUCCGAUGGAAGAUUUUCUGAUGGUAUGGACUCUAUCACUCUUCCACCGCAAAUGAUGUUAUGGGAUGGUGAUAAACCGUAUUGGAGAAGUGGUCCUUGGAGCGGCAAUGUAUUCAUCGGUAUACAAUACAACAGUCAGGGUGAUGCUACUAGUACAGGAUGGCGUCUUCUCGAAGACGACGGCGGAGGACAAGAGAGAGUUUCAAUGAUAUAUUCAUACCCAAACAAGUCUUUGUUUUCAAACUAUGAGUUAGAUUAUCAAGGGUUUGUAACUCAAAAAAUGUGGGACGAUGGUAAAAAUGAAUGGAUAGUUCUAUGGAGGGCUCCUGAGAAUGAGUGUUCCUUUUAUGGAAAAUGUGGGGAAUUUGGAUAUGGGAACUGUAACAACUUAAACAAGAAGUUACCUAUUUGUCGAUGUUUAAAGGGAUUCAUACCUAGAAAUUUCAAGGAAUGGAGUAAAGGAAACUGGAGCAAUGGUUGUGUUCGACGAACGGCGUUGCAAUGUCGUCAAGGAAGCAAGUACAGCAAAAGAGUUGAUGGUUUCUUCAAGAUAGAGAGGGUUAAAAUUCCAGAUCUUUCGGAAUGGGUAUUAGGGUACAAUGAAGAUGAGUGUAGGAGAAGAUGCUUGGUGAAUUGUUCAUGUUUAGCUUAUUCUUAUUACUCGGGUAUAGGGUGUAUGUCUUGGACUAGAAAUUUGAUUGAUACAGUUCACUUAUCUGGUGGUGGGGCUACUCUUUUCCUUCGUUUGGCGGACUCUGAACUAGUGCAUAGCAGGAAGGAGAUGAUAAUUAUUGCAGUGGGUGGAGUCGCACUAGUAGUCACUGUUGCUGUUUCUUUUUGGUUCUUUUGGAGGUGGAUGAUCCAACAAAGAGUCUUCUUUAUCUCUUUUAUAGUCAGAAAGAGAUCCGGGCUGACGGAAAAAACAAAAUCAUAUAUGUUACAAGGUGAUCCGAGCUACCUACACAAACUCGAAGAACUACCGUUGUUCGAAUUUGAGAAACUUGCAACUGCUACAAACAACUUCCAUGACAGUAACAAACUUGGACAAGGUGGAUUUGGACCGGUAUAUAAGGGAAAACUAGAAGAUGGACAAGAAAUCGCAGUAAAAAGGCUCUCAAUAGCCUCUCUUCAAGGGGUAAAAGAAUUUAUGAAUGAGGUAAUGGUGAUAUCAAAACUUCAGCACCGAAAUCUUGUCAAGCUUUUGGGAUGCUGUGUAGAAGACCAAGAGAAAAUGCUGGUUUAUGAGUACAUGCCUAACAAAAGUUUGGAUGCAUACAUUUUUGAUCCGCUUAAGCAACAAAGUCUUGAUUGGACAACACGUAUGAGUAUUAUAGAAGGGAUAUGUCGAGGUCUCCUUUAUCUUCACCGAGAUUCUAGAUUGAAAAUUAUUCACAGAGAUCUCAAAGCAGCCAACAUUCUGUUGGAUGAAAAUUUCAACUCGAGAAUUUCAGAUUUUGGCACGGCACGAAUUUUCGGAGUUGACCAAAAUCACGCCGAUACAACAAGGGUUGUAGGAACAUACGGUUAUAUGCCUCCUGAAUACGCAAUGGAAGGACAAUUUUCAGAAAAAUCAGAUGUUUUCAGCUUCGGUGUCCUAUUGUUGGAGAUAAUCUCUGGAAAAAAGAAUCAAUGGAUUGACAAAGUGUCAUUAAGCUUUAUUGGAUAUGCUUGGAAAAUGUGGAGUGAAGGCAACAUUAUUGGCUUCCUUGAUCCUACACUUGGCAAUCAAGGUUCAAUAGCAGAGAAAUCAAAAUGCAUAAAACUAGGGCUUCUCUGCGUUCAAGAUGAAGCUCAAGACAGACCUAACAUUUCUACUGUCAUCUCAAUGCUUGCUGCUGGUAAUGAGUGUCUUCCAGAGCCAAAGGUACCGGGUUAUACUCGGUGUCAUGUUUCAUCCCAUAAUAAUAAUACACACCCUACUGGCUCCAUAAAUUACCUAACGAUCACCACUACUGAUGGACGAUAGAAUAAAUGUAUAUAAUUGUUAUUUAUCACUUGAAAUUUUGUGAAUGGUAUAAGGCUGACUUUGAAUACACAUAUAUCUCAAUUUAUAUAUGGUUUUGAUGUGAUUCAAAUUGGAGGUGA